UCGGGCCGGCGGCGGAGACAAUGAACAGCGGCAAAAGCGAGCAAGAGCUCAGCCCGGCCGAGCCGAACUUGCAAGAGGAAGAGGUACGGACACUCUUUGUCAGUGGUCUGCCCCUGGAUAUCAAACCCCGAGAGCUGUAUCUCUUGUUCAGACCAUUCAAGGGGUAUGAAGGUUCUCUUAUUAAACUCACUUCAAAGCAGCCUGUGGGUUUCGUUAGCUUUGAUAGUCGCUCAGAAGCAGAAGCUGCUAAGAAUGCCUUGAAUGGAAUUCGUUUUGACCCAGAAAUCCCUCAGACGCUCCGACUAGAGUUUGCAAAGGCCAACACGAAGAUGGCUAAGAGCAAAUUAGUGGGAACUCCUAAUCCCAGCACUCCUGCCACCCCCAAUGCAGUACCUCAGUUCAUUACCAGAGAGCCAUAUGAACUCACAGUGCCUGCACUUUACCCCAGUAGCCCUGAAGUGUGGGCACCGUACCCUCUCUACCCAGCGGAGUUAGCACCUGCUCUACCUCCGCCUGCUUUCACCUACCCUGCUUCACUGCAUGCCCAGAUCCGCUGGCUCCCUCCCUCAGAGGCUACUUCUCAGGGCUGGAAGUCCCGUCAGUUCUGCUGAAUCCUGUAUAUCAGGUGUGUGAUGGCGGCUACACUCUGUCUUGUGGGUAUUGAUGCAUUCUUCCAAAGUCGCUACUGAUGUCUUACCUUCAUCUUC